CUGAGUUUUAAUCUCACGUUGGGUAUACGUAUAUAACGAACCGUCUUGCUACCGAUACUUGGAGCCAGACAGAUGCCCACCUCCAAGAAGGGUCGGAUGGAGGAUCUGGGGAACUACAGGCCUGUCAGCCUAACCUCAGUAUCAGGGAAGGUCAUGGAGGAGAUCACCCAGAGUCAGAUCACAGGGCGUGUGCGGGACAACCAGGGGACCGGGCCUAGCCAGCGCGGGUUCCUUAAAGACAGGUCCUGCUUGACCGACCCGAUCUCCUUCUAUGACCAGGUGACCCGACUAGUGGAUGAGGCAAAGGCUGUGGAUGUAGUCUACCUAGACUUCAGUGAAGCCUUUGACUCUGUCUCCCAUGGUAUUCUCCCAGAGAAGAUGGCAGCCCAUGGCUUGGGCAGGUGUACUCUGCCGGGUCAGAACCUGGCUGGAUGGCCAGGCCCAGAUAGUGGUGGUGAAUGGAGUUCAAUCCAGCUGGCGGUGGACGCUAGUGGUGUUGCCCAGGGGGUCAGCGUUUGGUCCGGUCCUGAUUUAUAUUUUGGUUGAUGAUCUGGACGAGGGGAUUGAGCGCACCCUCAGCAAGUUUGCAGGCCACACCAUGUUGGGAGGAAGGCUUGAUCUGCCUGAGGGUAGGAAGGCCCUACACAGGGAUCCGGAUAGGCUGGAUCGCUGGGCCGAGGCCAAUUGCAGGAGCAUCUACGAGACCAAACGCCGGGUCCUGCACUUUGGUCACAACAACCCCAUGCAACGCAACAGGCUCGGGGCAGAGAGGCUGGAAAGCUGCGCGGAGGAAACGGAUCUGGAGGCAUUAGUCAACAGCUGCCUGAACAUGAGCCAGGAGCGUGCCCAGGGGCCCAAGAAGGCCAACGACAUCCUGGCUUGGAUCAGAAAUCAUGUAGUCAGCAGGACUAGGGAGGUGAUCAUCCCUCUGUACUCAACGCUGGUGAAGCCGCUCCUCGAGUACUGCGUUCAGCUUUGGGCUCCUCACUAGAAGAAAGACGUUGAGGUUCUGGAGCGUGGCCAGAGGAGGGCAACAAAGCUGGUGAAGGGACUGGAGCACAAGACCUAUGGGUAGCGGCUGAGGGAACUGGGAUUGUUUCGUCCGGAGGAGGGGAGGCUCAGGGGAGAGAGACCUUAUCGCCUCUUUACAACUACCCGAAAGGUGCUUGUAGCGUGGUGGGGGUUGGCCGCUUCUCCCACGUAACCAGCGACGGGACAAGAGCUAACGGCCUUACGCUGCGCCGGGGGGAGCUUCAGGUUGAAUAUUCGGAAAAACGUAACAAGUUGUCUUAUUCCGCUUCUUCAAACGGUUUAAUUCAGAGUCAUUCACAGCUGCGAUCGUCAGUCCCGCAAGCGGAUCUACUGCUGACAAAUCGAGAUUCUCUGAGGAACGGCCGCACAAUAAUUUCAUUUAGCAAGUUUCAGGUCUUUAAUUUUUAAUGCAAAUAUUUAUUAGCAUUUUGAAACUCCCCCACUCCAGUAAGCCUUGAAUGCAAUUGCAAUUCAACAAAGACUCAAGCAAAGCCAGAGGCCUAACAAAGCGCGAGAGGUGAUUACAUGUAAAAGCCUUACGGUGCCUGUAGCUACUCCUCCUUCUGGUUACGGAACAAUACUUCUUUUUUUUUUUUUUUUUUUUUUUAAUGUUUUUGUUCAUAUUAAAAAAAGAGAAAUGGAGAAGGGCAGCUGAGUCUCAAAGACAGCAGAAGCGCAACAAUCGCCGACUCAAGUAUCACAAAGUCUUCUCCAUUUGGGAAAGUUUCCGCGGGAGAAAUUAUUUCUCUACGUCGCAAAAUCCGCGACUGAAAAGAAAGCAGUGUCAAAACUCCGAGAUUGCUUAAAAGCAGGCUGACGUGCACCGGUCAGAAAUCAUGCGGGUGGAGUUUGUUCGGCCUCGCGACGGGGCCAUACAACAGACGAUAGCUGGAAGCAUUCUUCCUACGUUAUUCUUCUCUAAUUCUACGCCUGCUGCUUGUCGAUGCUGCUAGUACGCGAUAAAACCCACGCCCUUUUAUUUGGAAGCUGGGGGAAGACGGCAAGGCCUCAAACACACAGCACAUCCUAUAUUGUCUUUGGGAGACGGAGACCCACCGUUUUAACUUGCAGAAUCAUUUCCAUCAGUAAGACAAGCGAGACAGAGAUGAUAUCCCCAUGCUCCAUCUUUAUUGUGCAAAUGCUGCUCAAAGCUUUUCAUUACCCUCCACAGACACCCACCAAAAACAAUUAUAUGUCAACGGUGGCUAGGCUGACGGGCAACACGUGAAAUCCAUUCGGUGGCGAUCCGUACGCGUGCAGCAACUCCUGCGGUGCAAACAUCUUAGCCAGGAGGCCGGCCCAACUGACGGCCACCCAGAAUACAGAGACGUGCGCGGUAGUCUGAAGGGGCUGAGGGUGGGUAUCUCACAGCCAUCCGGAAUCCAUUGGUCAGGCCCAGGUUAGCAGCACACUUCUCGCCA